AUGGCAUCAACCCAAGCCAUACAGGGACUGUCCAAGUCUAGCCGGCUCGUCUACCGAGCCCCAGAGAACUCUGAAGAGGAAAUUGCAUUUCUCCACGAUUUCAUCAACGACCCUACAAUCCAAACACUGAGCACUGCACGUCUCCCGCGCCCGCAUCACAAAGGUUCCGCAGGGGAGUUCAUCAAAGUACUCCAAGACAACCUUCUAGGAGUGUUUAUAUGUCUUCCUGCUCAGAAUUCCCCCGAAGCAGAAACAAACCCCUCAACUGAGACCCAGACCUUGGAUCGGCCUGCUCAAAAUUCCAAGCCAGUCCCAAUUGGCCACUUGAGCCUUUUCAGCGUGGCUGGACCAACUCAAGCUCAUCAUCGCAAUGCGACGAUAGGAAUCUCACUUGCGGACGGGUUCCGGGGGAAAGGAUACGGCGGAGAAGCUAUCAACUGGGCACUGGACUGGGCAUUUCAGCAUGCUGGACUGCACAGAGUCUCUAUAGGGGCACUUUCGUUCAACCACAAUGCAUUGAAGCUUUACAGAAAGCUUGGAUUUGUGGAUGAAGGUCGCGAACGUGAGUCUGUAUACUAUCGUCGCGCUUGGCAUGAUGGUAUCAACUUGUCCAUGCUAGAGCAUGAGUGGGAGGUUUUGAGAGGAAUAGCGCCGGGUCAAUCAGGCCCCACUCCCCCUCCCACUGAAACAUCUGAUCAAUGA